AUGACUGAUGUCAGCGGUGUCAUUCUGAGCCCUGGAUUCCCUGGAAACUACCCCAGUGGAUUAGACUGCACCUGGACUGUCAUACUACCCAUCGGCUUCGGAAUCCACCUGCAGUUCCUCAAUUUCUCCACGGAGGCCAUCCAUGACUACCUGGAGAUUCGGAGUGGAACGCUGGAGACGGGCACAGUGAUUGACAGGUUCAGUGGACCACAUGUCCCCAAGUCCCUGUUCAGCACCACCCACCAGACUAGCCUCUUCUUCCACAGCGACUACUCCCAGAACAAGCCGGGUUUCCAGAUGACUUACCAGGCCUAUCAGCUUCAGAGUUGUCCCGACCCUCGUCCUUUUCGUAAUGGCAUCGUGAUCGGCAGUGACUUCAGUGUGGGCCUCACUGUGUCCUUCGAGUGUCUGCCUGGCUACUCCCUAAUCGGAGAUGCCUCGCUCACCUGUCUGCAUGGAAUCAGUCGCAACUGGAACCACCCGGUCCCACGCUGUGAAGCUCUGUGUGGUGGUAACAUCACCUCCAUGAAUGGGACCAUCUACUCCCCCGGCCACCCYGAGGAGUACCCCAACUUCCAGGACUGUGUGUGGAGUGUGAGGGUUCCCCCUGGCAACGGGAUCUACAUCAACUUCACCGUGCUCAGCACUGAACCCAUCUAUGACUACAUCACUGUGUGGGAUGGUCCGGACCAGAGCUCCCCCCAGAUCGGUCAGUUCAGUGGGAACACAGCACUGGAGUCUGUCUACAGCACCUCCAACCAGAUCCUCAUUAAGUUCCACAGCGACUUCAGCGGCAGCGGUUCUUCGUGCUCAGUUACCAUGUAUACCAGCUGAGGAUCUGCCAAGCGCCCCCGGAUGUGGCCAACGCUGAUAUCCUCAUGGAGGACAGGGAGUUUGAAAUAGG